AUGUUUUUGGUUUACAGUAUUGAACCUGGAGCACCUAACUUGGGAACAUGUCUGAUCUACCAAAAAUUACAGAUGCUAAACUGUUGCAUUGAGAGAAAAAUGAAGAGAGAACAAUUAUUUAAAGGCUACGAAGGUAACUUGGAAAAUGUUUGUGUGUCUGCAAAUGAGGACACUAAUGAGAACACAGAGGCAGGAGGGGGAGGUGUUGAUUCGGGGCACACUCGGUCAGAGAGAAGAAGAUCGGGUGAUAAUAAAGCAGGUCGUAUGUCCAGUGUCAAACAGAACAGCCUCUCAGACUCCAGCUCAAAUGACAAGGCCACCAAGCUUUCUCACAUGGAUGUGCAGAGUUCAAGCGAGGACGAGUUUUUUGAAUGUGAUGAAGCUACUUCUCAUAAGGAAAGUAUGGAGGUGGGAGACAGAGAGGAAGGUCAGGUUAAAAAGAAGAAAUACUGGAAAAAGAGAUUGGGUGAUCCAGAUAAGGAGGCAGAUGAAACCCAAUGUGACGUCAAUAGUGAUAAUAGCCAGGAAGAAGCUGGGAGUGGUGAUAGUUUAGAUUCCAACAAUGACACUACCUUCAAGGACAGUUAUAGUGAUGGGCCUGUGGGGCGCCUGGCCCCUUUUGGAGACCUCCAGUUAAUUGAAUCAAGUGAGCAGAUGUAUAUUCCUGUUACACAAGAACCUGCCCCUAUGACAGAAGACAUGUUAGAGGAACACGCAGAGAUUCUGGCUGCCAAUCCAGGUUGCACGUUGAUUGACUUCGUGCGUUGGUACUCGCCACGAGAUUGGAUUGAGGAAGAGGUCAUAGAUGAUGAUGGACAUGUUAACAAGAAAUGUCAUUUGAGCCCCAGGAUGAUGAUCCCAGGUAACAUAUGGAAAGAGGCUUGGGAGUCAUGUAGAGCGAUUCCAGCCAGACGACAAAAGCGUCUUUUUGAUGACACAAAAGAGGCAGAAAAGGUGCUGCAUUUCCUGUCUUCAAUGAAACCAGCCAGUCUAGUUCUCAGUCUCUUGCCAGUACUCAUUCACUCAGCCAUCAUCAAGGUCAUUCAAAACGAGGAUUCUGACAUCCCUAAACUGAAAGACGUCUUGGACAAUCUUAUUAGUCGUGCAUCAAAAGUUACCCGUGCAGCACACCAGGAUAUCAAGAAGUAUGAGGACCUAGUGAGGUACAUCAACCUUGCAGAGACAAUGAUAGCCAGAGCCAAAUCUCUCAAGUCCAAGUUUACAAAAGACCUUCUUGAUCACAAAAAUGCUGAAAAGGAAAUGGAACAGUUUGUGAGCGAGUUAUUACAUCAUCAAGAAGUAGCUGUCCGAGGCGGACCCUAUGGCCCUGCCGGGUCCUGUAUACACAAGUUAUUUAUUGCUGCUCAAAAGGAAAUCAACAUGGUAGUGGAUGACAGCGAAGAAAAAGAAGAGGAUAGUCGAUUGAGCAGCUUAUCUGCAUUCCCCCGUCCUGUUGGGCGAGAGUACAUCCUUCGGACAUUUUGUCCUCGGCCUGCUGCUUACUCGAAGUCUCUCCCUCACAGAUUGUACUGUAAUAUUAUGGAGGGCCAUGAGUUUCACCUAGCCGGAGCUUUCUCAACGGACACCACCUUUCAGUGACUCACACAAAACUCCCUUUGAUGUUUAUACUGAUGCUAUUUUCUGUGAGAUGUCACAAGACACUUUCUGUAAUCUCCUGUCACCAAACUCAUGUGUAUGAUCCAGUGUUGUCACAUGCUGGUGUGUAUACUUUGUUUAACUUGUCAUAUCACCCAAAUUAAAAGUGAAAAUAAUAA